UCAUAUCUAUAUAUAUCUGGUUGUUGUAAGGCCAAAUUAUUAUAAGGCACUCAAAUCUCUACAUUCUUUGUAAUUUUGUGAGUUCAACUUAUAUAGCAAAUGGCUUCAAAAUGUCACUAUCAAGGCAAUCACACAUUCUGUAAAACAAAAAAGGGUUAUAUAGUAUAUCCCAAAGCUCUUAAUAUUGUUUGGGGAAACGAUGAGCGCUUUUGGAGGUUACCCAAAUACGAAAAUGAUGGUGCAGAACUUAUACAAGUAAAUUGGCUGGAGGUAACUGGUUGCAUUGACAAUAUUGUAGAAAAGAAAUCAUACGACAUUGGCUUUACAAUGUCACUGAUGACUGGUGCGUUCGGUUGGAAAGAUUCACCGGUUUAUAUUAUGGCUAAAUGGGGAGAUAACACUCAAUGGAGAAAGGUGAAUUUGACAAGUGAGAAGGACAAAAAGAUGAUACAAAAAACUAUUACAAUAACAAAAGGGAAGGGGAAUCCUGAUGAUAAGCUUUGUUUUGGGUUGUAUGAAGUUUGGAACAAAAAGUGGAAAGGAGGUCUCAAAAUUCAUUGUGUAAACUUGACAGAGAGAAGCUAAUUUAGCUGAUGGAGUGAAAUAAGAGAGGAAGCUCAAGUUAAAAGUCGUCUUUUUGUUCCAUGUAUUUUGUUAAGAGUGUGUUUUCUUACAUAUAUUUAAUUUGUAGUUGUGUUUGUAUUGCUUGCAUCAUGAAUGAAACUAUGGUUCACAAUCA